GAAGGCUGUGCGGCGCCAUAUUUAAUACAUCCGAUGCUAGCCACCUUUAGCUGUUUACUGACAGAAACUUUAAACUGGACACGGAAAGGUUCAACAAGCCCUUGCUUUUCUCCAAAAUGAAUGCAGUGGAUCAUGUUCGGGAUAUGGCUGCAGCCGGCCUUUACUCCAAUGUCCGCAUAUUGAGCAGUUUGUUGCUGACGAUGAGUAACAAUAACCCGGAGCUGUUCUCACCGGCCCAGAAGUACCAGCUGCUGGUUUACCAUGCUGAUGCCAUCUUCCAUGACAAGGAAUACCGCAAUGCUGCCUGUAAAUACAGCAUGGCUCUGCAGCAGAAGAAGGUGCUCAACAAAACAUCCAAAGUUCGUACCUCAACUGGUGGAGCUGCUGCCAACAUCCAGGCACAGAGUUUGCCGUCAGAAAUCGAGGUAAAGUACAAGAUAGCUGAAUGCUACACCAUACUGAAACUGGAUAAAGACGCCAUCGCUGUUCUGGACGGGAUCCCAUCAAGACAAAGGACUCCAAAGAUCAACAUGAUGCUGGCUAACCUGUACAGGAAAGCCGGUCAGGAACGCUCGGCCGUGACCAGCUACAAAGAGGUGCUCAGACAGUGUCCGCUCGCCUUGGACGCCAUAAUCGGUCUUCUCUCUCUGUCGGUGAAAGGAGCGGAGGUCUCCUCCAUGACCAUGGAUGUGAUCCAGAACCUCCCCAACCUGGACUGGCUCUCUGUGUGGAUAAAAGCGUACGCCUUCAUCCACGCCGGGGACAACCAGAGAGCCAUCAACACCAUCUGCUCUCUGGAGAAGAAGUCGCUGCUGCGGGACAACGUGGACCUCCUGGUGAGCCUGGCCGACGUCUAUUUCAGGGCAGGCGACACCAAGAACGCCAUUCUGAAAUUUGAACAAGCUCAGAUGCUGGACCCGUACCUCAUCAAAGGUAUGGACGUUUACGGCUACCUGAUGGCCCGGGAGGGACACCUGGAAGACGUGGAGGUCCUGGGAGGACGGUUGUUUAAUAUUUCCGACCAACACGCUGAACCCUGGGUGAUCUCUGGCUGCCACAGCUUUUACAGCAAGCGCUACUCCAGAGCCCUCUACCUGGGGGCCAAAGCCAUCCAGCUGAACAGCAACAGCGUCCAGGCCCUCCUCCUGAAGGGGGCAGCACUGAGGAACAUGGGCCGAGUUCAGGAGGCCAUCAUCCACUUCAGAGAGGCUAUGCGGUUAGCGCCUUGCAGGCUGGACUGCUAUGAAGGUCUGAUCGACUGCUACCUGGCGUCCAAUGGGAUUCGAGAAGCGAUGGGAAUGGCGAACAAUAUCUAUAAGACUCUGGGGGCCAACGCACAGACUCUGACCAUCCUGGCCACGGUGUGCCUGGAAGACCCGGUGACUCAGGAGAAAGCCAAAGCUCUGCUGGACAAGGCCCUCGCUCAGAGGCCCGACUACACCAAGGCUGUGGUGAAGAAGGCUGAGCUGCUCAAUCGGGAACAGAAAUACGAAGAAGGGAUCGCGCUCCUGCGGAAUGCGCUGGCCAAUCAAAGCGACUGCGUCCUGCACAGAAUGCUGGGAGAUUUCCUGGUGGCAGUCAAUGAUUAUCAAGAGGCUAUGGACCAGUACAGCAUCGCUUUGAGCUUGGAUCCUAAUGACCAGAAGUCGUUGGAAGGCAUGCAGAAAAUGGAGAAGGAGGAGAGCCCCACGGACGCCACGGUGGAGCUGGAUGGCGACGACAUGGAGGGCAGCGGGGAGGACGGCGAUCUGGAGGGCAGCGACAGCGAAGCGGCUCAGUGGGCCGACCAGGAGCAGUGGUUCGGGAUGCAGUGA